AGAAGACGUUAAAAUUCAUCAGCGGGUCUUAUAUGCCCGGGCGGGGUCUUUCCAGUUAGGAAGUCACGGUUCGUACUUCCCACCUCCGCGCUCAGAGGGGGAACAAACCGACCCCCUCUCGUUUGACGGCCGUAGUGACGCUCCAUAGCUAACCCGGAAACAGCGACAGCGAAUCGCUUUUUUUUUUUUUUCUUCCUCUUCUUCCAGUCCGUACCGCUGGCUUUCUAGCGUGGUAUCCAGACGUCGACUCCAGGGUUGUUCCUCUCGCGAACAUCAAGAGGCUGACCUCUGGUGGAGGACUGAGACCCGGGGCCACCUGCCAGGCUGGGCUUCCCUGCUCCUGACUGACCGUCUCACAGCUCCACCGCGGGUAGCGUAACAUGGGGAACCUACUGAAAGUUUUGACUUGCACAGAUCUGGAACAGGAGCCCAAUUUCUUCCUGGAUUUUGAAAACGCCCAGCCCACAGAUGCAGAGCGAGAAGUGUGGGAGCAGGUCGACGUGGUGCUGAAGGACGCCAAGGGGAUCCUGGACGAGCUGCAGGCGUACAAAGGGGCGGGGCAGGAGAUCAGAGAGGCGAUCCAGAAUCCAAGCGAUGAGGCGUUGCAGGAGCAGGCGUGGGCGUGUGUGGUUCCCCUGGUGGGCAGACUGAAGAAGUUCUACCAGUUCUCCCAGAGAUUAGAGGCGGCGCUGCACAGCCUGCUGGGAGCUCUGACCAGCGAGACCUACGACGACCCCACUCAGCACCUGGAGCGGGAGCAGGCGCUGGCCAAGCAGUUCGCGGAGAUCCUCCACUUCACGCUGCGCUUUGAUGAGCUUAAAAUGACGAAUCCCGCCAUUCAGAAUGACUUCAGCUACUAUCGGAGAACUCUGAGCCGAAUGCGGAUCAACAACGUACCGGCGGACGGUGAGAAUGAAGUCAACAAUGAACUGGCCAAUCGGAUAUCUCUGUUCUACGCAGAUGCCACGCCCAUGCUGAAGGCAUUAAGUGACGGCACAACAAAGUUUGUAUCAGAGAACAAGAACCUGCCCAUCGAGAACACGACGGACUGCUUGAGCACGAUGGCCAGUGUGUGUAAAGUCAUGUUGGAAACACCGGAGUACCGCAGCCGGUUCGCCAGUGAGGAGACGGUGUCUUUCUGCCUCCGGGUGAUGGUCGGGGUCAUCAUCCUGUAUGACUACGUCCAUCCUGUUGGAGCUUUUGCAAAGUCGUCCAAAAUUGACAUGAAAGGCUGCAUCAAAGUCCUCAAAGAUCAGCCCCCGAACAGCGUGGAAGGCCUUCUCAACGCUCUCAGGUACACAACGAAGCAUCUGAACGACGAAUCGACCAACAAGACCAUCAAGAGCAUGCUGCAGUAGACGCGGCCGCCGACCGCUUGCCUCGCGCCCUGCUGGGGGGGGGAGACGCCACUCUCCCGACUGAUGUCGGUGCACAGAAUGUUUGUGUUGCUUCUUUUUUUUAAAAUGUUUUUGUUUAUAAUGGAAAAAAGAGCUACGGCGCCGCCCUCUUUUUAUAAUGCAAAAUGCUACUGCCAUUAUGAACGUCUUUUUCUGUGCCAAAAAGAUGUUGCUGGGAUGUCAUGUUUUCUGCGAAAGGCCAUGCGACAAUGGCAGCUAAUGGAAACAUUGUGGAUCCUCUGGUGUUUUUAAACUUGUUUUUUCCCUAUAUAAGGGACGGGAGUGCUUUGACUUGAACAUUUAAAAGAGAGAGAUAUAUAGAGAAGUAUAUAUUAUUUUUGUUUGAUUCGUUAUUUAAUAUUGCAUCCUUUUGCAUGAUAAAAAUUAUGUCUUUAUCUUCUAUUUAAAAAAACAACAAACUAAUGGUUCAGUUUAAUUUGUCUGCUAUAUUGUGCAUUAUUACAUGUUUUGUUAUUGAAAUGGUACCCGUCAAAAUGAGAUUUAAGAGUACUGGUUUUUUAUAUUUUUUAUAGGUUUUAAUUUGUGCAUAUGUCUCUUUUUUUCAUAGUUGUGUUGUAUUUUUCAUUUGAAAACUUUAAACUGUGAUGUGUGCAAAAUCAAAUUUAAAAAUUGUGAGUGUACUGCAACUGGACAGUAUGUUAUGGCUGGAGAAAUUAAAAGGAGAACUCUUGUUUUCUACAA